AUGGCUUGGCCCCCCGCCGAUUCAACCAAGAAGAAGAGACUUUUGGUGAGGGAGGCCCCCCAUGGCCAUGAUAGGUUGUGUUUUCCCCGGCUUGUGGGCGUGGUGAGAGUGGAUAAGAUUGGAUCGUGGCCAGGGACCCGCCGCUGCAGUCGUAUGCGGCUAAGGUAUCUUGAACCCCUCACCUUAUGCCCGGCGUGA